CUCUGCCUCCUUCCCGACCUCCGGUUCUGGGAGAUUCGCAACACUGAUGCGCUGGGGGGUUCUUCCAUUCCCUGAUCUUAAGCAGGUAACAGAGGUGGGCUAGCUAGCCAGCGUAACCAGCUCAGCGUUCACCAUCUCAACUUACCGAGUUCUUUUGCGUCCCUAAUAAGGAACACAAUUCAUUUGCCUGGGGCUGCUCCCCAGGGACUUGUCUUCAACUGCCGCAUCCCCCUGGACCGGGCCGUGAUGCAACGUGUGACGCUGCCUCCCGCCCGCGGGCUAAGGGUCCGGCGUGGCGCCCUCAGGGCUCCCGCUGCGCCCUUCGGUGCUGCGCCCUUCGGUGCUGCCCCGCUUCCCCUCGGAGAAGGAGGCCCGCUCCGCCGGUUCACCUCAGCCGCUUCCGACCCCGCCGCUGGAAGGGGCAUCCCGCCGCUCCCCCACCGCGGGCCGGCACCGCCCAGCCGGCGCGGCUGCCGCAGCACACCGCAGAGCCGCUACCCGGGGGAGGCCGCGGGGGGCUCCGGAGGAGGCGGGAGGGAAGGGUCCCCGCGGGGGAUGGGAGCGGUCGCGGUCCCGUUCCCGUCCUCUGGGACACGCACCCCGCGACCGGGGGGUGGGUGAAAGGAGCGCCCUUUGGCCAGGCGGGGCUGCGAGGCGGGACCGUGGGGCCGCCGGGAGUGGUGACGUGUCCCCCGGCCCCGCCCCCGCGCAGGGUAUAUAAGGGGUGGCGUUCACGCUGUCGGUCUUUUUCGCUACGGGUUUGCCGCCGCCUGCCAGGUGUCGAUUCUCUUCUGCCGAAAGAAAGAACUUGACUAACAUCCAAAAAUGGGAAAGGAGAAGACCCACAUCAACAUCGUCGUCAUCGGCCACGUCGAUUCUGGCAAAUCCACCACCACCGGUCACCUCAUCUACAAAUGCGGUGGUAUCGACAAGAGGACCAUCGAGAAGUUCGAGAAGGAAGCUGCUGAGAUGGGCAAAGGUUCCUUCAAAUAUGCCUGGGUCUUGGACAAGCUGAAGGCUGAGCGUGAGCGUGGUAUUACUAUUGAUAUUUCCCUGUGGAAAUUCGAAACUAGCAAAUACUACGUCACCAUCAUCGAUGCUCCUGGACACAGAGACUUUAUCAAGAACAUGAUUACUGGAACUUCUCAGGCUGAUUGUGCUGUCCUGAUCGUUGCUGCUGGUGUUGGUGAGUUCGAGGCUGGUAUUUCCAAGAACGGGCAGACCCGUGAGCAUGCCCUUCUGGCUUACACCCUGGGUGUAAAACAGCUGAUUGUUGGUGUCAACAAGAUGGAUUCCACCGAGCCACCUUACAGCCAGAAGAGAUAUGAAGAGAUUGUCAAAGAAGUCAGCACUUACAUCAAGAAGAUUGGCUACAACCCAGACACUGUAGCUUUUGUGCCAAUUUCUGGUUGGAACGGAGACAACAUGUUGGAGCCUAGCUCUAACAUGCCCUGGUUCAAGGGAUGGAAGGUUACCCGGAAGGAUGGCAAUGCCAGUGGAACCACCCUCCUGGAAGCCUUGGACUGCAUCCUGCCACCAACUCGUCCAACUGACAAACCUCUGCGUCUGCCUCUUCAAGAUGUCUACAAAAUUGGCGGCAUUGGUACUGUACCAGUUGGCCGUGUGGAAACUGGUGUUCUGAAGCCAGGCAUGGUGGUUACAUUUGCCCCAGUCAACGUUACAACUGAAGUAAAAUCUGUUGAGAUGCACCAUGAAGCCCUGAGUGAAGCUCUGCCUGGUGAUAACGUUGGCUUCAAUGUCAAGAACGUGUCUGUGAAAGAUGUUCGCCGUGGCAAUGUUGCUGGUGACAGCAAGAAUGAUCCUCCAAUGGAAGCUGCUGGCUUCACUGCACAGGUUAUCAUCCUGAACCACCCUGGCCAAAUUAGCGCUGGUUAUGCCCCUGUGCUGGAUUGCCAUACUGCUCACAUUGCGUGCAAAUUUGCUGAGCUCAAAGAGAAGAUUGAUCGUCGUUCUGGCAAGAAGCUGGAGGAUGGCCCCAAAUUCCUGAAGUCUGGAGAUGCUGCCAUUGUUGAUAUGAUCCCUGGCAAACCCAUGUGUGUUGAGAGCUUCUCUGAUUAUCCUCCUCUCGGUCGUUUUGCUGUGCGUGACAUGAGACAGACGGUUGCUGUUGGCGUCAUCAAGGCUGUUGACAAGAAGGCCGGAGGAGCUGGCAAGGUCACAAAGUCUGCCCAGAAGGCCCAGAAAGCUAAAUGAAAAUUCUGUCCAUCAGCUGCCACCUCAGUCUUAAUCAGUGGUGGAAGAACGGUCUCAGAACUGUUUGUCUCAAUUGGCCAUUUAAGUUUAAUAGUAAAAGACUGGUUAAUGAUUACAAUGCAUCGUAAAAGCUUCAGAAGGAAAGGAAUGUUUGUGGACCAUUUGUUUUGUGGCAGUUUAAGUUAUUAGUCUUCAAAAUCGAUAAAUUUUUUAAAAUGGAAACUUGACCAAAAAUCUGUCACAGAAUUUGAGACCAUUAAAACAGAAGUUCAAUGCUACGUCUCUGUCUUCUUUGGGUUAAUGUUAAGUUGAUAGAAAACCUAAAUACAGUCUUGGUGGGAUCAGAAAGGAAGAAUUUUACUGGAGUAUGUUCAGAAGUUGCAAAGCAAAUACUGAAGUUUGUUGUUUCUGAAAAGUAAAAUUCAGCUGCAGGUUUAGUUUUAACUGAUCUAAGCCUUAAAAAUAUAACUCCUGUGGUGCUUUCUUUAAAGAUAUCUUCUAGAUUGGAUAGCACAAGUACGAGGUAACAUUUCAUGGUGUUUUGAUGCAUUCUGUGAUGCAUUGAGUAAACCAAGAAAACUCUGUAUUAGGAAGAGGAAACUGUGAAUGACAUUUAACCUUAGAGAAAGCAAAGAAUCAAGCGUUGGGUUUCCCAUAAAUCUUGUACACAGAUUUUUGUAAUUACUAACAAACAGAUUUUUACCUGGGGAACUGAUGAAGUGUCAUGUACAUCUUCCAAGAUUAAACACUACUUUUUAUAUAAA